CUCCCGGUGGGCUCCCCGGGAUCUGACGGUGCCGUGCCCGCAGGCAGCCCCGCGGCGGUGGAGGCGGCUCUCGGGGCCGUGGCCGCGCUCUUCCCCCGCCGCCUGUUCGGGGACGCGCUGCCGCCGCUGCUGCUGCGCCACCAGCUCUACAGCGUGCUGCCCGACCGCACCGCCGUGGACCGGCACCUGAACCGGCUCCGUGAUGAGGGCCGGGUGCGGCUGCUGCACCUGGGGCUGGGCCCUGACGCGCUGGCCGUCGUCAGCCUGCCGCUCUACCGGGAGAAGGCGCUGGCGGCCGUGGCCGGGUCCCCCCGGGAGCCGCUGGUCCGGCGCUUCCUGGAGGCCGCGGUGGCAACGAGCCCCGAGCUGAGCUACGAGCAGAGGAGCAUGAGGGAGAUGGGCUUUGGGGACAGUGACAUCACGCAGCUGGUGGCCGCGGGGCUCCUGACCGUGCGCGACGCCGGCAGUUGGUGGCUGGCGGUGCCGGGGGCCGGGGGAUCCAUAGGCGCCGCCCAGGCCCCGCCGGGGGGCGCUGUCCCGUGCGCCGCCCCCGGGGGCCGGGGCCAGAGCAAGGCCGGGCCCAACCUACGGCCGGGGCCGUAUGGAUCCUAUAGGGGACCCCGCCCUGGGGCUGCCCCGGGAUCCGGCACGGCCCCGGCACACGCCGGCCCCGACACACCGUCCCGGGAUCCUAUGGAUCCUAUAGGGGAUCCUAUGGAUCCUAUAGGGGAUCCGGCACGGCCCCGGCACGCCAUCCCCAGAUCCUAUGGAUCCUAUAGGGGAUCCUAUGGAUCCUAUAGGGGAUCCAGCACGGCCCCGACACACCGUUCCGGGAUCCUAUGGAUCCUAUAG